UCAAUACUGUUAGGAAAAACCUCAACAAACAAUAUUAACAAAAUGUCAUCUCAGAAAUAGGAAGAAUUGUGUUUGAAGCCAGAUUUCACCAUUAACUGGCAACUCCCUGAGAGGAAGUGUGAAGAGUUCAUCACAAUUUUUAUGUCUGACGUGGGGGCACGCCCGGCCCAGUGGCUUAGAGAUUGUACCCUGCAGGGAAACUACGUGAUCCAAGCUCCAGUUUCACUGUCACCAGCUAAUUAACCCUGGCUGAGUUCCAUCCUGCCUCUAUCGCUCAGUUUUCUUCCCGGAAAAAUGCAAAUAAUAAUCGUGUCACCUUACUGGGCUGGUGCGCUGAUGAAAGCAGGCAGCUCUCACCAGAGCCAUCUCAUAGUGAGUAAUCAGCGCGAAUGAUCUACUGUUCCAUUUUGUCUGUGCCAUUACUCUUUCCUUAUCUCCCUUCCAAGCCCUUGCCUCACGUUAGCACACAUCCAAUGCUCCCUUGGUUUUCUUUGGAAGUGGGUGUCUAUGUGACGGGUCAGGAAUGCUUGUCUUGUGGAUCCUCAGAGGCCAGAGAAAAGGGGAGAUCCCGUAGCUCAGUGACCCAGCACUCAUGAUGAGGAGAAGGCAGGCAGUGCCCCUCCAUGGGAGGAAUCUGUCUCCCUUGACCCUGCUGCUCACAAGGAUGGGGACACAAGCUAGGACGAAUGUGCUGCCAUGGAUCAUUAGCUCCCUGGAGAAAUGGUUUCACAUACACGUGCUGUUGAGGAGGCACUAGCACACCUUUUCCUACCAAUGUGAAGAUGAACAAAGACCAACCAAAUGAGAAAAACCAAGGCUAUCUAUGCAGAGCUUGCUAGAGCAAGGGGGACAGCCACAGUCCCUGCAUUGUAGCAGAGCCUCAAAGGCAGGCAGAGAAGAGGGGAGCCUUUGGGGGAAAUGGGAGGCUUCAGGCAUGCCCAGAUGGGAGCCAGGGGCCCGGGGAAGCUGGAGGUGGGCUAACUAGAAGUGGGUGUCUAUGUGACUGGUUGGGGAGACAUACAUGGCUCUCUCUGGUUGGUCCUAAGUUGGAAGCAGGGAUGAAAAUUAGGAAAGCUGUUCAUUAUGAAUCUAGUCCUGGCCAUUUGGGGCCAGUUGUUACAGAGGCUGUUGAUUGGCUGAUUGGACUGUCACAAGAGAUAACAGGCUGCCCUCCUGGGCCAGUUACUGUGGAUGAUGGCUUGGCUUUCUGGCAGGUGGCUGCAGGUUGUGGAUCAGAGUUUAAUUUUAAAUAUGGGCUGACCCUCUCUGAUUGUAUAUUCAGUCUCUCAUGGAGAACAGCACGUUGCCCUCCAGGGGUUUGCCCCAAGCAGGUUUCUUAGGACGAGACCAGGUGCUUCCCUGACUUUCUCAGGUGCCGAUCCAGCCCUUCCCACAUGUCUGCUUCCUACAAGAUGUUUGCAGGGGUGGUAGUGGCUGGUUUUUGUCAGGGCAGUUGUGGACAGAAUGUAAUUCUUUGCUGAAAUUUGUUGGUCUCCAGGGCUGUGUUUCAAAGCUGAAGCCAAAGGAACAGUUGGGGCCAGAAGGAAACAGGAGCCAAGUUGCCCUGAAGAUCAUGAACUUGUCUUCUGAACACUGCAACAUAUCGGAUUGGCUGAGGCUGGAAGCCACAGUGAAGGCCUCUGUGUAUGUGGUGGCCUUCUUCUUUGCCACAUUUGUCACCGUCGUCAUCAUCACUAUAGUGUUACAGAAUUUGAAGCUGAGGAAAGAGAUCCGAUACGUCCUCCUGUGCCACCAUCUGCUCUGCGUGUCCUCCUACUGCGGCCUCGGGGUGGUUUUCCAAGGGAUGCGGGCUCUGCUGACCAACAGCCCCGUGCUGGUGUGCUGGGUGGUAUUUGGGGUCCAACUAAGUGUUGGGGAAGGGAUCCUCUUCACGCUGGCCUUGAUGGCAGCUAACGCUUACCUGGCUGUUUGCUGGCCUCUGAAAUCUCUGUCCUUCGUAAACUCAGUUAAGUACAGGAUCCUGGCUGGGUCCUGGGUAAUCAUUAUAUUCAAGAAUGUUUGCUUAUUCCUCAUAGAAGGCACUAAACCCACUCGAGUUGCUGUUUUAAAAUCUGAACCCCUUUGCCCUGUCAUCUUGAAUGACCCUCUUGCCAGAGUCGUUGGCAUGGUUUUCCUUUUCUCUCUUCUGUCCAUCAUUCUUAUAAGUUACUCUCUGAUCUACCGAGAAGGGAAACGGGCUGGCCAUUUUAAUAGAUCAAAUAUCAAAGCAAAGCAAACAGUUCUUAUUCAUUUAGUGCAGAUGAGUUUACAUGUAAUACCAACCCUGAUAUUCAUAGGCUUGGGAAAGAAGUGUGGGGUGUUUUUCUUUGCUUUAAAUCUGGUACUUUUUGGAGUCUUCGCACUUGCGCAGUGUCUUAACCCUCUGAUCUUUGGGCUCUGGAAUAGAGAGCUGCAAAGCAGAUUAUACCCCUGGAUGGGCUGUCAGCUGUGGUGCGGUCACGCGACGAGCAACAGAGAGCCAGUUUAACCUGAAACGCAGCCAUUUUGAAUCAGUAACUCUAGCCCUAGUGGACCAUCGGCUAGGCUUGGGGAUUUGCCCUUUCCUCAACCUAAAAUUGGUGCAUUGGUUUGAUUCUAAAAACUACAUGCGUAAGUCAGAGUUAUUCAUCUGGCUUGAAGCUUUGUUGCUGUGUACACUGAACUGGCCUCACUGAAAUCAUUGCAUACCUUUAAUUCUAAAUCCAGACCAAUGUAUUUGGCAGGCACGCCCUACUGUAUUUCAGUAGUUAGGCAGCUUUUGAGAAUGCACUUGUUUUUAAAAACUGAGAAGUAGUCCAUAGUUGAUAUGAAGAGAAGUUUGGUUGUUCCUCUUAUAUUAAUUAGGGAUAGGCUUGGCUAUAUGUAGUAACAAAGCAGGAAAAAAAAAGCAGUGAUUUUUUAAGUUUAAGAUGUUUUUUUUUUUUCCUGAUGUAAAAGAAAUCUGGGGGUAAACAAUCCAGUCUCAUAUUGCAGCUCUGCAGGCAACAGGUUCAUUCUCUUCUACUCUGACAUGGUUAUCAUACUACCUCAUGCCCCAAAAUGGCUGUUAGUGAUCCUGUCAUCACAUUCCUACUCCAGCCAACAGGAAGGGGUAAGGGGCAAAGGAAGGUCUAUACCUUCCUUCUUUUUUAAAAAAAAUUUUUGUUUAAUGUUUAUUUUUGAGACAGAGAGACAGACUGUGAGC